UCGGGUAGGCAACGGAUAACAGUACCCAUGCAUCUGCAUCAUUCUUUGAACUGGAAGUGUCAGUGGAAAUCGUUUCAGCAAACCGCCAGAGCAUCUUAGACUGCUGAAUUUUCAUGAUGAAUUAUCUGAUGGAUGUGGAGCAGGGGAGGUCAGUACCACAGAUGGAAAUACAGGGAGCUAACACAAGAAACGACCUUUUCCCCUUCACAGCUCUGCAUGUGCUCGGGUCCCUGCACAUCGUCAUCGGCGUCACAUCAGUCGUACUAGGAGCUGUAGACCUCGUCUUUCUCCUCGUUAAUUAUCAGAAGGAAGCUGCUGACUACGGUGCGCAUGCUCACAAUGGUGUGACCUUUGACACUUUGGCGUCAUUGACGGUGGCGUCGGCUCCUGUGUGGUGCGGUGCGUGGUAUGUCGUUACAGGGUCUAUGGGGUCAUGUGUUUCGAGGGAGAGGUCACAUAGCCUACGGUUGUGGAAAACAGCAUUCCUCGUCCUGAGUGUGCUGUGUGCAGUUUUCUUCUCUCCAGCCUGCGCCACCUUGUCUGGCAUCAUUGCUAUCAUGCGCCACACCCUGGACUCCACAAAGCUCAUCUGGAUGGCCAGCGCCGGGGCGACCUGCCUCUCCGUCUGCGAGUUCGUCAUCGCCGUCAUCAGCGCCUCUGUCUGCUGCUGCUGCGCCCCCCUGCGACUAAACAAGGUCCACGUCCUCUUCACCGAACCAGAACACCGAACCCCACCCACUGUAGGUCGCCACCCGUUCGAGAGGGACCUGAAUCUUUUGCGGAUGAGACCGUUCCCCUCUCCCAGUCGUACUCUCACAGUCCGCGAGAUGGGAGUGCAGACUGAGCCUCCAAGUCACGUGGAGCCCUCUUUCACCGAGCAGGUCCCUCGUCUACACGGACAGCGCCAUCCACGGCAAACACUUCUUCCCCACCCGUACCUACCUCAGGACUAUCCCGACAGCCCACCCGGAAGCCCAAUGUCCUAUCAGCAGUUGAAAAACUGGGCUCUUCCUUAUGAUGACUACUACUGA